AUGGCUUCUGGUUUCGGUUUAGACGGUGGUCGUGGUCGAUGCUUCCACUUUUGGCAAGAAUUCAACAAGUGUUAUGCCUCUGCUGAUCUUCCUCAACAGUGUCUUAACCAACGUGACGACUAUCUCGAAUGUCUUCAUCACACUAAAGAAUUUGCCCGUAUUACUCGCAUCAAGACAGAAGAAUUGAAACAAGCCCAAAAGAAAGCUGCCCAAGCCAAGCAAGAUGCUUUGACUGCAGCCAAUUCCAACUUGCCUAAAUUAAACAUUAUUGAUGAUAAAACUACUGAAGUAAAGGCAUAG